ACCGCCGCACCGUCCAGGACUUUUCUUCUCUGCAGCAGGGAGGCCCCAACACCUGAAGCCAAGAUGUCCAGCAAGAGGGCCAAAGCCAAGACCACCGAGAAGCGGCCCCAGAGGACUACAUCGAAUGUCGUCGCCAUGUUUGACCAGUCCCAGAUCCAGGAGUUUAAGGAGGCCUUCAACAUGAUUGACCAGAACCGUGAUGGCUUCAUUGACAAGAAGGAUCUACACGACAUGCUGGCCUCUCUGGGGAAGAACCCCACGGAUGAGUACCUGGAGGGCAUGAUGAGUGAGGCGCCAGGACCCAUCAACUUCACCAUGUUCCUCACCAUGUUUGGGGAGAAGCUGAAUGGCACCGACCCUGAGGAUGUGAUCCGCAACGCCUUUGCCUGCUUUGACGAGGAGGCCUCAGGGUUCAUCCAUGAGGACCACUUGCGGGAGCUGCUCACCACCAUGGGCGACCGAUUCACAGAUGAGGAGGUGGAUGAGAUGUACCGCGAGGCACCCAUUGAUAAGAAGGGCAACUUCAACUACGUGGAGUUCACCCGCAUCCUCAAACACGGCGCCAAGGACAAAGAUGACUAGGCUAUCCUUAGCUUAGCCCAGACCCUACCCUAGUCACUUCCCCAGCACACACACACUACCCUUCAUGAGGAGUUGGGGUUCUGGCUCCCAGCGUAGGAAAUGAACCGGAAGGCCCACAGGGUGAGGCAGGGGGGGUCUGCCAUGGCCUCAGGCACCUAGAAGGGAUCUCUUUAAGGAAGAGCUGCAGUGGGGAGGGCAGCCAAGGGUGGGGCUGAGGCAGCUGAAGAUGGCCACCCCGAGGCGUGCCCCCAUAUUCCUGGGCUGCCCUGAGGAGGAAAGCACCCCGGUCUUGGUGUUGAACAC